CCGGCCCCGCCCGACCUCUGCCGCGCGCGCGACCCCGGCGGCCGCUGCGGCGACAGCGCUUGGCGCGCCGAGUUGCAGCCAUGGCUGUCGCCGUCGAGGGCGCCCGCAGGAAAGAGCGCAUCCUCUGCCUGUUUGACGUGGACGGGACCCUCACGCCAGCUCGCCAGAAAAUUGACCCUGAGGUAUCAGCCUUCCUGCAGAAGCUCCGGAGUAGGGUGCAGAUUGGCGUGGUGGGUGGUUCUGACUACUCAAAGAUCGCUGAGCAGCUGGGUGAUGGGGAUGAAGUCAUUGAGAAGUUUGAUUAUGUGUUUGCCGAGAACGGGACAGUGCAGUACAAGCAUGGACGACUACUCUCCAAGCAGACGAUCCAGAACCAUCUGGGGGAGGAGCUACUGCAGGACCUGAUCAACUUCUGUCUCAGCUACAUGGCUCUGCUCAGGCUGCCCAAGAAGCGUGGAACCUUCAUUGAGUUCCGGAAUGGCAUGCUGAACAUCUCCCCCAUCGGCCGCAGCUGCACCCUGGAGGAGAGGAUCGAGUUCUCUGAGCUGGACAAGAAGGAGAAGAUCCGGGAGAAGUUUGUGGAAGCCCUGAAGACAGAGUUUGCUGGCAAGGGGCUGAGGUUCUCCCGAGGAGGCAUGAUAAGCUUCGAUGUCUUCCCCGAGGGCUGGGAUAAGCGCUACUGCCUCGACAGCCUGGAUGAGGACAGCUUUGACAUCAUCCACUUCUUUGGGAAUGAGACCAGUCCUGGUGGGAAUGAUUUUGAGAUCUAUGCGGACCCCCGGACUGUCGGCCAUAGUGUGGUCUCCCCUCAGGAUACUGUACAACGAUGCCGAGAACUUUUCUUCCCAGAGACAGCCCACGAGGCGUGACAGUGACCACAGCUGAGCAUUGGGACCUUCAAAGAGCUCUGGCCAGACCUGAAGAGGGAACCAUGAGGUGCCGGGGUUCCCCUUCUGGGCCAGCAUGUAGCAUCAUAUGGGACGCCACAGGCCCACCCACACAGAACCAGGGUCUGUGUGGCAGCUGUCCCCAGCCAGGUGGCUCCUGAUAAGACUUAUUCCUGCACUCCACUGAUGGCCCUGGACUCUGACGCUGCUGGUCUUGGGACAGCGCAGGUUGCACCCCAGAGGGAAGCAUGUGAGUUAUGCUAUGGAGUCUGCUGGCCACAGCCUGCCAAGGGGCAGAGUGGCACAGGGAAGGGGCACUACCCAAGGACUGUCACAGAUAUUAAAGUUCCAAGACAAGGCGUGUUA